AUGUGGGUGGGAUGGAAUCUAGUCCUCGCAUUCUCCCUUGUCCUUGCCGUUGCAGAAAGCCAUACAAGCUUUACCUUUAAUCUAUUCAGUUCCUCAACCCUCGACUUAUUCGGAAAUGCUUCGGUGCAUUCAAAUGUCGUCUCCCUCACCAGUCAAUCAGAGUACCUCUUCGGUCGUGCUUUAUACCCUCUACCUGUGAGAAUGAAAAAUACAACAUUUCGUUCAUUCAGCACCACAUUUGUGUUCAGCAUGGUACCUUAUUCUUCAGAGCAUUCACGAAGCGGCCAUGGAUUGGCUUUUAUGAUGACCCCUCACAAGUCCCCUGUCGGGGUUUUACCAACUGAGUUUCUGGGUUUGCUUAAUCUUUCGAGCAACGGACAACCCUACAAUCAUCUGUUUGCUGUCGUGUUUGACACAAUCAAGACCGAGGAAUUCCAAGACAUCAACGACAAUCAUGUGGGUGUGGACAUCAACGAACUCACCUCUAAGGAGUCCAAGCCUGCUGGUUAUUGGAUUAACAAAAGAGAGUUCCAAGAUUUGGAUCUCAACAGUGGACAGAAUAUUCAAGCUUGGAUUGAUUAUGAUCAUCUUGAACGGGAGCUCAAUGUCACCAUUGUAAAAGCCGGUUCGCUUAGGCCGGAAAAGCCACUUAUAUCUCUGAGAGAACUCAAUCUGUCGGCCAUUCUCGAAGAAGAAAUGUAUGUUGGUUUCUCUGCGGCUACAGGAACUUAUGUUGAAGACCAUUAUAUUCUUACUUGGAGUUUCAGUACAAAUGGAGCAGCUUCUCCCUUGGAUACAACUCAUCUUCCUUCAUUCCUUCAUAACCAGACCGUAAACAUUGGACUGAUAGCUAUUGUUAGUCUGAGUCUCACUGUUGUAAUCUUGGUAAUAGUUGUGGGUCUUCUGCUAUGGUUGAAGAGAAGAAAGCGUAGGAAUUUUGUUGAAGAAUGGGAGUCUGGAUAUUGGCUUCACAGAUACAGCUACAGGGACCUCUCUAUUGCAACAAAAGGAUUCAGAGACGACCAAAUUUUGGGCUCCGGAGUAUCCGGCCGUGUUUACAAAGGUGUUCUUCCUGGUACUGGGCUCCAAGUUGCGGUUAAAUCUAUCUGUCAAGAGGAAGCAAAGGAAUUUGUAGCAGAAAUUUCUAGUUUGGGUCGUCUCAAGCACCGGAACCUUGUGCAGAUCAGAGGCUACUGCAGGCGAAGAAAAGAGUUAUUCGUAGUUUACGAUUACAUGUCCAAUGGAAGUCUGGACAAUGUGAUCAUCGAGAAUCCGAACGGAGUGCUGGCAUGGGGGCAACGGUUCAAAAUUCUGAAGGAUGUGGCGGCAGGAUUGCUGUAUCUUCACGAAGAAUGGGAGCAAACGGUAGUACACAGAGACAUCAAAACCAGCAACAUUUUGCUGGAUGCAGAUUUGAAUGGAAAAUUAGGGGAUUUUGGGUUUGCUCUCUUGUAUGAACAGAAUGAAAAUCCACACACAAGCCGCGUAGUGGGAACUCCUGGAUACAUCGCCCCGGAAUUCAUAAACACAGGAAAAGCGAGUACCAGCACGGACGUGUUCAGCUUUCGCGUAGUGAUGUUGGAGGUUGCUUGUGGAAGACGGGCUGUUGAUUCCGCCCAAAUCUUGUUAGUUGAUUGGGUGCGACUGCUCUAUGGGAAAGACCGGUUGUUGGACGCAGCCGACCCCAUGCUCGGUGGUGAUUACGUUGAGGAUGAGAUGGAACGUGUGUUGAAAUGGGCAAUCCUAUGUUGUGAUCCUCGUCCACAAGCAAGACCUUGCAUGAGGCAGCUGGUUGAGAUACUUGAGGCCCAAGAUUCUCUUCCGCCCUUUCUUCCACUGCCCUUUUCUUACGGAGAAAUGGGUUCCAUCUAA